CAAGUCUAUAUUUACACCCCACUCAAUGAAGCAUAACAAAAAAUAUACUUUUAAGUUCUCUAACUAAAACAAAACUACUGUGCACAGUUAUGGGAGUUGGCAAUAUGUUACUGUUGUCGCAACUGACAGCAUUUCUCUUAUCGUUUAUACUGUCGUUCUUCAUUUUUAUUCCAAUGUCUGUCAACCAGAAGGAAUUUUCUGGGCACUGUCUCUUGCAUGCAACAGGGAAAUGGGACAAUUCCUCCCAGCUGGAGUCAGUUGAAUGGGGUCCAUCAAGUGCCUGCAAUUUCAGCAUAUUUAUGGGCAUCAUUAUCAUGAUGUCAACCCUGUUUUAUGUGAUUUUGUAUUUCCUUUACCUGGCUCGGGAGACAGAUAGCUCCUGGUUAGAGACAUUUAUAACAACUAUUGUCAGUAUUGUUGUUACGCUGUUGUUGUUUGGCUCGUCGUUGUCAGUUUCUGUUGGUAUGAAGACUUGGUGCGAAUUCCUUACCAGCCCUGCUUCACAGAUUUCGUCGUGUGACCUGGCAGAUUUUAUUCCAUUUAGUAAGGAACUUGCUGAUAUAGAUUCCAGUAACUUCUACACUGAAAUCAAAAUUACAGAGUUUGGGAGUUGGACAAGCUUGAUUUGUUGGCUAUUUCUGGCAGUGACUUCAGUGGUCAAGAUCAUAAAAUUCCAGCAACAUGAGACAUUCAUGUCUAGUAUGAAUAGAGAAAGGCAAAGACUCCUUCAGAAAGUCGGACACAGAUCAGACUAUACAGUCUGAAAGAAAACACAUAGCUUUGAUAUUAUUUUUGAUAUAAGAGGGGAAUGGAUCUUACACUACUUUUUACACUUUGUAAGAUUGUUGGUUAAUGACCUGGUCUCAUAUUUAAAUGAAAAUUAACAUUAACUUACUAAGUUACACCUAUGUUUAAAUAAUACAUAAUUUUUAAAGGCACAGGCCUCCAGAUCGUUGGACAACAGAAAAAUAAAAAAAUAGGUAUCGGAAAAUUAAUGCUGUAUUUCCUAAGAAAGUUUUGAAAUUUAAUUUGUGACAGACAAUAUAUUAUAGAAACAGUAGAAUUAGUUGUUUUUACUAAUUUUUUAUACUGAAAAUUGAAAAGCAUUUGGAACGCUUUACUAGAAGUAAACUGCCUUAACUAUAGAUAUCUUUAUUUAACAUAUUUAACUCGUAGUCCUCUGUGGCAGUAUUGGUAAAGACAGCAAAAAAAGUGUUUAUUGCCGCAGUGGCCUGAGUUAGAUUCGUCUUUUUAUUUUCUUGAUUUGACAUUUUAUGUUAUGAUGCUGGUGUCCUUCCGUCUGUCCGUUAGCAAUUUCUUGUCCGCUCUGUAACUCUUUAACCCCUUGAAGGAUUUCAAGGAAACUUGACACAAAUGUUCACCACACCGAGACGACGUGCAGAGCGCAUGUUUUGGAUGUCUCGCUUCAAGGUCAAGGUCACACGUACGAGUCAAAGGAUAAAUCAGUUUGUUUCAUGUCCGCUCUGUAACUCUUGAACCCCUUAAAGGAUUUCAAAGAAACUUGACAUAAAUCUUCACCACACCAAGAUGGCGUGCACAGCUCAUGUUCCGGAUGACUCGCUUCAAGGUCAAGGUCACACUUAGGGGUCAAAAGUCAUAUCAGUUUGUUUCGUGUCCAGUCUGUAACUCUUGAACUGCUGGAAGGAUUUUAAAGAAACUUGGCAGAAAUGUUCACCUCACUGAGACGACAUGCAGAGCGCAUGUUCAGGAUGACUCACUUCAAGGUCAGGGUCACACUUAAGGGUCAAAAGUCAUAUAUGACUGCUUUGUGUAUAUUGCUCUGCAUUACAGUGCUCUUGUUUUUAUUUGGCAGAUCUCUUUUUUGUUCACUUACAAUAAUUUUUUUUUUGAAUUACUUCCCUUUUAUGUUACUUAUUUUGAAACUUUUUUAUUAUUGGCCAUAGGGAAAAACUGAGACCACCUUUCUGUGAUAAGGAUUUUUUUUGUGGACUUUGAAUAUAUUUUUUGUGAACUUAGCUUUGUUUUUUGAAGUUUUCCUUUUGUUGUUCCAGUCCUUUGGGCUACAACAGUCAAGUUCUUUAAAUUUUGCUCCCAUCCAAUGAUGUAACCCUUCGGGUGUAUAUUGUCCCGCUUGGCAGAGCUCUUGUUAAGAUGGUUAAGAAACAAAAUCUCAUAUUCUAAUGUUCAUAAUAUGACUAAACUUCAAUUAUGAAGAAAGAUAAUUUUUAGCCAAAAUCUGGAGGUCAGUGCUUUUAACAAUAAUAUGAUUAAUAUCUAAUGUAAGCUCUACUUGAAGGUUUCAAUUCUCUUGUCAGCAAAUUCAGAUGAGCAAGUAUUGGACAUCAUGGUCCUUGUUGUUGUAUAAAUUUAUACUGGGAAGACAUUCCAAAGACAGGCCUUGCAUCAGGGGCCUUUGGAACACAUUCAAAAUGUAUUUUUACAAUAGUUGAGAUUAUACUUCUUUGUGUAUAUUGCUUUUCGCAACUAGUAUUUAGCAUUUAAAAUAAUUUCUAGCAUAAUUCUCACCUCCUGUUAUAAAGGAUAUUUUACCCACAUGUGUCAUAUAUGAUUUUUUGAAAGUUUGACAAUCUCAAGAUUGAACAGUUUUAGAUUGCUGAUAUAACAAAAAUUUUAUUCUUGCUAACGACCUUAGUUAUAAAAAAUCUAAUCUGCAAGUCCAGUAAUAUCUGACAUACUGCCUGUAUUAAAUAGAAUCUCUGACCUAUAUUUAUUUAUUUAAUAGAAUCUCGUCACUUCUGUAUUUGUGUACUUGUAAUUUGUUUUUAUCACUGUAUUAUAGUACUGUAACAGUUAUGUUUAAAGAUUGUAAGAUGCUGACAUAUUUCAUGCUUUUGGUUUUAAUUUAUUUUAUCAUAAUUUAUACGAACUGCUAUUUACAAUGUUAUAUUUUUCUAUCAUAUAUUGUACUGUAUGUAAAAAUUUGAAUAUUUCUCAGUGAGAUAAACAAAGAAUCCUUUGAUAAACAACAAUUGACGUGCAGACCUUCGAAAGAGCAUUUUGACAUCACAUAAUUAUGUCAAAUGACCUCAUGACACCAAAUUCAUUACUACACAGAUAAAUGAAGUUCAGUACUUCUCAUCUUUUAUGAGCAUGUUAAAAUGAAAAUAAACAAGGUCUUGUUGUGUUUUAUUGUCUGAUUUACCACUGGUCGUCAUUCAGAUGCUUGGAUAUUUAACAUUGAGUUUGGUUUAUGCCCGUGUGGUUCAAUUCUUGUACAUCUGAACUUUGACCUGUGGUAAAUCAGACAAUUAACAAUGCAAAGGCUAUUAAAAAGAGAAUAUUAAGUUAACUGUCUUAUAAAUUCAAAUUUAUUAUGCAGGUCGAAGAAAAGAUAAAAGUCGACACUACAACAGAGACUUAUAUUUUUUUGAAAAAACUAAUAAAUUCAGAUUUAUGAAGACAGUGACAGAAUGUUCUGUUUAUCUUAAUAAUACAUGUUGUAGUUUAAAAAUUGAUACGCUGCUAAUGUAUAUUAGUCAAUACACCUCCUUACAAAUUACAUGUAAUUGGUCAUUUGAAUUGAAAUAGCUCUUAAAAAUACUUAACAUUAUCAAGUAAAAGAAGGAAAAAUAAGACUUACCUUCUGUUUUGUACUGCUAUAUAUACUUUUAAACAUUAUAAAAUGCUGCUAAGUGAGGUUUUAUCCAAAGUUAAGUUGCCAGUUGGAUACCUAUACUCACUAAACAAACGUGGCCUGGGUUAAAUUUAUUUUGCAUGAAGGUAGGAUAAAAUUAUUUAAUUAGGUGCUAAUUGUCAUGUGCCAUAUAUACAGUUGAACUUUUUCACUCGAACUCAGAUAAUUCAAACACCAAGCUUCACUCGAAUUCAUCACCAGGUCCCUGCAAAAUCUCUAUGUAAUGCAUAUUGUUUGAUGGCUCGAACAACUGGUAGCUUGAAUAAAGUUUGCCAUCCCGUCGAGUUCCAGUCAACAAAGUUCGACUGUAGUAGAAAUUGUGCAAUCAAACUAUUUGUAUUGUUACCAUGUUCUUGACGCUUUAUAUUUUGCUUAACAUUAAAUGAUAAUAAUUAUUGUAUGUGGAAAUUAUAUCAUUAGUGUUAUGUUUUGUUAAUACAUUUGUUAUAUUGUUAAAAAUAUGAAAAAGCCAUUUACAGACAUUAGAACUUAUCUAAUUCACAUUUAUUUUUAGCUCAUCUGAUUUUUUGAAGAAAAGAAAAAGAUGAGUUAUUGUCAUCACUUGAUCGGCAUCAGCGUUGGCGUUGCCUGGUUAAGUUUUAUGUUUAGGUCAGUUUUCUCCUAAACUGUCAAAGCUAUUGCUUUGAAACUUGGAACACUUGUUUACUAUCAAUAGUUGACUCUGUACAGCAAGAAAGGUAACUCCAUCCUGCUUUUUGCAAGAAUUAUGGCCCCUUUUGGACUUAGAAAAUAUCAGAUUUCUUGCUUAAGUUUUAUGUUUAGGUCAACUUUUCUCCUAAACUAUUAAAGCUAUCGCUUUGAAACUUGCAACACAUGUUUACCAUCAAAAGCUGACACUGUACAGCAAGAAACCUAACUCUAACCUCAUUUUUGCAAGAUUUAUGGCCCCUUUUGGACUUAGAAAAUCAGAUUUCUUGAUUAAGUUCUGUGUUUAGAUCAGCUGUUCUCCUAAACUAUCAAAGCUAUUGCUUUAAAACUUGCAACACUUGUUCACCAUUAAAAGCUGACUCUGUACAGCAAGAAACAUAACUCCAUCCUGCUUUUUGCAAGAAUUAUGGCCCCUUUUGGGCUUAGAAAAUAUCAGAUUUUUGGUUAAGUUUGCGGUCAGGUAAACUUUUCUCCUUAACGGUCAAAGCUAAAACUUGAGGCAGUUAUUUUUCAUUCAAAGCUGACUCUGUACAGUAAGUACCAUAACUCUACAUUGCUUUUUUGCAAGAAUUAAAGCCCCUUUUGGACUUAGAAAAUCAUGGGUAUGACAAUUAUAUUUCUAUUAUACAGCGACAAAAAAAUCAGAUGAGCAUCUGCACCUGCAAGGCGGUUAAUUUAUAUCCAAGUUAAACAUUUGAUUCAGGUUUUAACAUUACAUAUACCAGUAGUAUCUCUUUUCAGUUACAAGAUGUACUUGUUGUAUUUAUAAAUUCAUUUUAGCAACAUAAUAAUACAUGGCAGGGAAGUGUUAUUUGUUUAUGGACUUUGCAGUCGUAACAAAAAGUAGUUUCCAUAGAAUGUUAUCAAAACUUAGAUGAACUGUCAAGUCUGUAUACUGCAUAGAAUCAGUUUGCAUAGAAGCACUUGCAAUAUUAUGUGUUGUAAUAUAUUUUUUUGGUGUUAUUUCUAUGAAAAAAAAGUGCUUUUAUAACCACUGUGUCAUGAGAAAUCUGAGAGUGUCAGUCAUUAUCCAGGCAGUAUACCAAAUAUGCUAGUAUGAAAUAAAUAACAUCACAUUAAGUAAAUGUGGAAAUAUACAGAUGGGGUGUAAAAAGAACAACAUUGAACUUCAGGAUUGGUUCGAUUAUUGUUGUUGCUAUUUGUAAAUUUGAAAUUUAAAGUGUACACUUACAGUUGUAUUAGUGUUUAGUAGAUGCAUCUUCAAGAUUAUGUUUCUGAAAUACUCAAGCUGAAAUAAUACGUUACUAACGGGUUCAGUAGUUAUAUGGGUUUUUCUUUUUUUUUUUUUUAAGAAAUUAUGUUCAGCUAUGUUUUUAUUAAAGUAUACAUUUGCUGUGAGAAUUAUUUACAAUUUUUGUUCCUCUGCAAGUAAGUAUAGUCCCAUUUUUUGAUAAUCUCGCUGUCAAAUUAUCAGAUAUGAUUUUCCAUUAAAUAUCAGUUAGCGACUGAAAAUGACCAUGAAUUAUACAGAGUUUAGGUUGUAUCUGAGGGAGUGUGAAAUACUGUCAUUGUGGUACUAGUAUAUGAAAGCAUAUUUUUGUUAUUACGCAAUUAUAAGUUUAUUUUAGAUACUUAUUGUGUUCAGCUAUGUAUAGAUUGUUAGAAUGGUUUUUAUAUUUUCAAGAUAAGGUUGAAACUUGUUGUAUUGUUAAUUUUUAAGUUAAAGUUUUGUCAGUUGUUGAAAAAUUUGUCUAUAAAUUAUAUGUGAGCUAUCAUAUGUAAGACAGUAGUAACCAGAAGCAUUUGGAUGUUUCUGUUGAAUCAAUUUUAUUUUUCGCAGUUUGAAACAGUUAAAUUUCAUGUCUAAGAAAUUAUGUUUCUUGCGUAAAUUUUGGCCUUCAUUUGAGUUCAGACACUUUAUUGAAGCAGUAAGUGAAAUUCAUUUUGUUUCUAGUCAUUAUGGUUCAUCUAUGAAAUACAAAAUGAAAAAAAAAAAUCUCUGUGAUUAAAAAUAUCUGUUUGUAUUUAAGGCUUCCUUAAAUUAAGGGGGAGAUUUCUGCUCAUUGUAAUGAUGUAUAUUUUCUGUAUACUAUUCUUUUUGCCAUUCAGUUUCCUGCUGAGUUGAAUGAUUGAAAGGGAUGCACCCCCCUGUCUACCUCUUUGCAAAUCAAUGUUAACUAUGAUAAAGAAACUUAUUUUUGUAUCUUAUAUAUACCAGAACUGGCAAAAGAAUAUGUUUUAUUUGUUUGAAUGAGAUUAGUUAUAUAUGCAAUGCCAAGCCUUCUGCUAAAUAAUAUAUGUUAUCCUUUUAAAUAAAGAUUAUCUGCUA